AAGUAAGAUUCAGCCCUAUGAUUGAUUACCUCUAACGGCAAGUUGUCGUUGGUCUCUGCAACACUUCUCUUUGAUGAUUGACGUCGGCGGCUCUGCUAGUUGGCUUACUGUCACAUCUCUUGUGUCUCCUAAUAUCUCCGAGAGAAACGACCUCGAGUGACCUCGAGUCGUGACCUAGGGGUUUUUGACUUCGGCCAUGGUCCGUCGCAAGUUCGUUGGCUUCGCACUUGUGCACCCCCACAGGGUCUUUGGCGCUAUUUUGACUGCUAUCCUUUAUUCGGACGGGUAUGGCAAGCAUUUCAGGAGUCGCUUAGACACUGACAAGCAAAUGUCAGAUUCUGAUGCUUUUUACUCUGCCUUGAUCAGUAGCAGAAUCAUUUACGAACAACAGGUCAAAGAGCCUCUCCAGGUAAAUGGUGAGCUCGUGAUAGGCUUCCAACAUUUGUGCCAUAGUGUAGGUCUACACUUCCGGGGAACACAAAAAGAAGCCGAGGGAAGAUGGAGAGAUCGACAGCGCCCAACAGCACUUGCAGAGCACUAUUGUUUGUGCGGCUGGACUUCCCCCCUUCCCCGUCCCCCUCUCUCGGUCGAUGACUUCACCAUACGGUACGGCGGACCGCUGAAAGGGAGCGAGAGGGGUGCCAACAUCGGGGAGCCGGCCUCCGUCUCCAUCGGCGCGGCCAUCCCCGCACCGGAAGGAGGGCGGAGAAGACGACGAAAUCGGCACCUCUUCCAAGCGCUGCAAUUCGGAACCAUCCAAUCAGUGUGAAAGGUCGGGUGCUCUGGAGCUCUUGACGAAAGCGAAGUUGGCGAGGACCGAACUAAGCAAGGUGGCCGGUUGCUAUUCCCUAGUUC